CGCGGGAAUCCCGACGCGUCCCCGCUCCAGCGACAACAAACACCACACGCACCCCACAGCAGCGACCCAGCGGCAGCCCUCAGACCCAGCAAUCGGCGCGAAUCGCAGCCGCAAUGUCGCACAACGCCCGCCCCAGCACGUCGCGCAUCAGCAGCGUGCCGUCGCAGAAGCCCCGCCAGCUGUCGCACCUGCAGGCCCAGCUCGCCCAGCUGACGGCCAAUAUGGCCGACCUCGAGAGCCUGAUGCGGAUGACAGCGGGCCAGGCGCAGGACAUGCGCGCGCUAGGCGGCUACACGGGCGCAAUGUUCAUGGCCGCCAGCAAGGUGCUGGGCGAAGAGACUGUCAAGGGCGGAGGCAAAGAGGGCGCGCAGACGGGACAGUGAAGAGGGAUAUGACAGCGGAGAGGUUGCGCGCGGUAGGACAGUGACGAGCUUGUGAAGAGUUGCGCGGACAGACAGUGAAGAGGUCACGCAGUUGAGAGGCCGACGCGCAACGGCGGUCCGUCCCCCGCGCCGCACCCACGAUACCGAGAUACCAUAU